GGGGCCCGAUCGAGCGGCGGCGGCGGCCAUCGGAGCUGCGCGAGCCGGGCGGCGGCGGCGGCGGCGGCGGCGGCCGGGAGCGGGCUCCGGGCUCCGGGCGCCGGGCGGGUGCCGGGGCGCGGCGCGGCGGGAAGAUGACCGCGGGCUCCGGCGUGCUCCUCGUGCUGCUCUCGCUCUCCGGCGCGCUCCGGGCCCAUAAUGGGGAUCUUACAGCCAGGGAGACCUGCAAGGCUGGAUUCUCUGAAGAAGACUACACGGCAUUAAUCUCGGAAAAUAUUCUGGAAGGAGAGAGGCUACUCAAAGUCACGUUCAGCAGCUGUUUGGGGACCAAGGGGACGCGGUAUGAGACCAACAGCCUGGACUUCAAAGUAGAGGCGGAUGGGACGGUCUUUGCCACGCGGGAGCUGCGGAUCCCCUCCGAGCAGGUGGCGUUCACCGUGACCGCGUGGGACCGCCAGACGGCCAAGCGAUGGGAUGCCGUGGUGCGCCUGCUGGUGGCCCAGCCCUCGUCCGCCCACUCCACACACAAGAAAGGGAAGCAGAGCGCCGCUCUGGAUGCCUCUCAGCCUCCCAGCGACAUGCUGUUGCCGUGGCCCCAGCACCGGAACGCCAGUGGGCUGAGGAGACAGAAACGCGACUGGGUCAUCCCACCCAUCAACGUGCCGGAAAAUUCCCGCGGGCCCUUCCCACAGCAGCUCGUGCGGAUCCGGUCUGACAAAGACAACGACAUCCCCAUCCGGUACAGCAUCACGGGCGUGGGCGCCGACCAACCCCCCAUGGAGGUCUUCAGCAUCGACUCCAUGUCUGGACGGAUGUAUGUCACUCGGCCCAUGGAUCGGGAGGAGCGAGCCUCCUACCACCUCAGAGCGCACGCAGUGGACAUGAACGGCAACAAGGUGGAGAACCCCAUCGACCUGUAUAUCUACGUCAUCGACAUGAACGACAACCGUCCCGAGUUCAUCAACCAGGUCUACAACGGCUCCGUGGAUGAGGGUUCCAAGCCAGGCACCUAUGUGAUGACCAUCACGGCCAAUGACGCGGACGACCGCACCACGGCCAAUGGGAUGGUGCGGUACCGGAUCGUGACCCAGACCCCGCAGAGCCCGUCCCAGAACAUGUUCACCAUCAACAGCGAGACAGGGGACAUUGUGACCGUGGCAGCCGGCCUGGACCGAGAGAAAGUUCAGCAGUACACCGUCAUCGUCCAAGCCACAGACAUGGAGGGGAACCUCAACUACGGCCUCUCGAACACAGCCACGGCCAUCAUCACGGUGACGGACGUGAAUGACAACCCGCCAGAGUUCACGGCGAGCACGUACGCCGGGGAGGUCCCCGAAAACCAGGUGGAGGUGGUGGUCGCAAACCUCACUGUCAUGGACCGAGAUCAGCCCCAUUCGCCCAACUGGAAUGCCUUCUACCGCAUCCUCAGCGGGGACCCCUCAGGACACUUCAGCAUCCGCACGGACCCCGUCACCAAUGAGGGCAUGGUCACCGUGGUGAAGGCAGUCGACUACGAGCUGAACAGGGCGUUCAUGCUGACUGUGAUGGUCUCCAACCAGGCGCCCCUGGCCAGCGGGAUCCAGAUGUCCUUCCAGUCCACGGCAGGGGUGACCAUCUCCGUCAUGGACAUCAACGAGGCGCCCUACUUCCCCUCGAACCACAAGCUGAUCCGCCUGGAGGAAGGUGUGCCCACCGGCACCGCGCUGACCACGUUUUCGGCAGUGGACCCUGACCGGUUCAUGCAGCAGGCCGUGAGGUACUCCAAGCUGUCAGACCCAGCGAACUGGCUGCACAUUAACGCCACCAACGGUCAGAUCACCACGGCCGCCGUCCUCGACCGCGAGUCCCUCUACAUCAGAAACAACGUCUAUGAGGCCACCUUCCUGGCGGCUGACAACGGGAUCCCCCCGGCCAGCGGCACCGGGACCCUCCAGAUCUACCUAAUUGACAUCAACGACAACGCCCCCGAGCUGCUGCCCAAGGAGGCACAGAUCUGCGAGAAGCCCAGCCUGAACGCCAUCAACAUCACAGCGGCCGAUGCCGACGUUGACCCCAACAUCGGCCCCUACGUCUUCGAGCUGCCCUUCGUCCCAGCCACUGUGCGGAAGAACUGGACCAUCACCCGCUUAAACGGUGACUACGCCCAGCUGAGCCUGCGCAUCCUGUACCUGGAGGCUGGCGUGUACGACGUCCCCAUCAUCGUCACCGACUCCGGGAACCCCCCGCUGUCCAACACGUCCAUCAUCAAGGUCAAGGUGUGCCCGUGCGAUGAGAAUGGGGACUGUACCACCAUCGGCGCGGUGGCCGCGGCCGGUCUGGGCACCAGCGCCAUCGUGGCCAUCCUCAUCUGCAUCGUCAUCCUGCUCACCAUGGUCCUGCUGUUCGUCGUGUGGAUGAAGCGCAGGGAGAAGGAGCGCCACACCAAGCAGCUGCUCAUCGACCCCGAGGACGAUGUGCGUGACAACAUCCUCAAGUACGACGAGGAAGGGGGCGGUGAGGAGGACCAGGACUACGACCUCAGCCAACUGCAGCAGCCGGAGGCCAUGGAGCACGUGCUGAGCAAGGCCCCCGGCGUGCGGCGGGUAGACGAGCGGCCCGUGGGCGCCGAGCCCCAGUACCCCAUCAGGCCUGUGGUGCCCCACCCGGGAGACAUCGGGGACUUCAUCAACGAGGGACUCCGCGCCGCCGACAACGACCCCACAGCACCCCCCUACGACUCCCUGCUGGUCUUCGACUACGAAGGGAGCGGCUCUACGGCGGGCUCCGUCAGCUCCCUGAACUCGUCCAGCUCCGGGGACCAAGACUACGAUUACCUGAACGACUGGGGGCCCAGGUUCAAGAAGCUGGCAGAUAUGUACGGAGGGGGCGAGGAGGACUGAGCAGCGUCUCCUCCCCGGAUGCCGGCGGAGCGGGACCGUGGGAGGCGCCGGGCUUCCCGACUCCCUGCGGACGUGUCAUUUAGUGGUGUGUUAGGGGGUCCCUCCCCGCCCCAGCCCCCCCAACAGUGAGCUGUCUGGCAUGAACACUUCUCGCCCCGCGGCGCGCCCCCCACCACAGGAGCUGACUAGCACUGAAGGACAGCGAGAGGCACUCUGUCUUAACUUGAAUUUCUUAGAACAGAAGCACUGUUUUUAAAAAAAAAAAAAAAAAAGAAAAAGAAAGUGCCUUUUGGUACAUGUAUCAGAUUCCCUCAAACUCAGGAGUGACGAAAAGCAAGCAGACAGACCACGUACAUCCCCCCAACCCCAGUCCUGAGCACCCCCAGCCCCAGCUAGUCCCAGCUCUGAAGACACCAAUUAAGGAGUCGGGGAGAAUGUGUCUUUUUUUUUUUUUUUUUUGGUCUUUUAUUAAGAAAAAAAGUGGGUGAUUUGUUUAACAAAAUUUACAAAGAAAAAUGUUGGGGUCCAAAUCCCAACAGCCCUUCUGAGUCCUCGACCUUUGCUGUACACUGUCGGGGUCUCCUGGGCCCUCGGGCGGCCCCGAGGCUGGAGGGAGGCCAGAGACCAGCCGCAGAAGGCUCCCUGGAGGCGGGCCCAACCCGUCUACCAAAGGCACCACGGUGCGCACUUGGCUUUCACCGAGUUUUGGGGCUGCUCCCUGACUCCUGAUGCUGCAUGUAGCUGGGGCGGGUGGGGUGCUAAGGGGGCUUUCUUGAUGAUCACCAUCUCUGCCCUUGGUCGUCCCCCGGGCCCCCCCAGUCAACCAUUAGGCCUCCCCCGGAGACAACUGUUACCCCAGAUGCCACGCAGGUCCCGUUGCCUUUGGUCCAGAAAAGUACAGCGUCCCCAGAAGCCACAGCCCAAACCAGCCAGCAUCCCCGAACACCCUGGCGUGAGCCCCCCACUCCUCACAGUCGGAUCCCUGGAGGACCCCAUCAAAGGCCCAGCCCCUGACAACCAGACGCUUCCAGCCACCCUGAGGGCUGUGCGGACAGCAGAGAGAGCUGGGAACGUGCACCACCAUCACCAGCCGCUAGCAUCCUCUCUCCCUGGCCCUACCGCCUGGACCAGAGUCUCUCAUGCUCGUGAACCGACGGGGACCGCAAAGAUCUGCUCCAAGUGGCCGGGACAGCCUGUCAUUGUUGUGCCAUCAGUCCCUCGGAUGCGUCUGGACUGCACCCACCUGAAACAACAACCGGUCUCCUCUCCUCGGGACCCAGGCCAGCACCGAGCCGCUGCUCAGACUCUCAGAACGAGCUGCCCUUUGCUUGGACGGUCUGACGCGCAAGCCAGACGCCAGUCUGUUCCCAGGACAGUGAAUGGCACUCACUGUGUCCCAGGGACCCUCCAGGGAGACCCUGCUGUGUGGGAGCACCCUGGUCUGUUCACGGGCUCCCCAAGAAAGGGGUUGAGGGGUACCCUGGCCCUGGGUGGGACUUGGCAUUGGACUGCCCUUGGGGAAGCGGCUUAGAGCCCCAUCCCAGAGCCCUGGGUCAGAA